CAAUUUUGCGCAAAAAGUAAACAAAACAUAAAAACACGCGGUUUUGGCCAAAUUUAUCGCGGAUAUCGCGGAAAAGCCGGUAUAAAUUGUUUGCGAGCACGAGAUACGAGCACCAUGAGUAACAACGGCAACAUGGAUCCUGGAUUCUGUCCCAACUGUGGUUCAAUAUUGCCACUGCUUCGAAUGGCCCGCGAUGUUACCUGCUUCAGCUGCCAAAGCAAUUUCGAUGCUUCAGCAUUCGGAACUAUGGAAGUGGAGUACACGAUUCAUUUUAAUUCCUAUGAGAAUAAAAAAUCCGAUCAGGCCGAAAAAACGGCGGGUGAGGGUGCCGCCGAUGGUCCCAUCGUUAACCGGCAGUGUCCCAAGUGCGGCAACGACCAGAUGUCCUACGCCACGUUACAGCUCCGAUCAGCAGAUGAAGGUCAAACUGUGUUUUUCACCUGCACCAAAUGCAAGUUUAAAAUGUCGGAGAACUCUUAAUAAAAUCGUUGACAGUAUGGAA